AAUGAAUAAAGUAAAUAAUGAAUAAAGUAUAGCAACAGCACUCUGAAACUUCUGCAAACCCUAAUUCUCAAUUUCACUGCUUUCCCUCCGUUACCAUGUCUAACGGAGCAGUGGAUCCGAGGAAAGACAAUCACUCACCCAUGGCUCCCGACGCGUCUGCUGCAAGUAACAGCCACGGAAACGGCGUCGUUCCGUCGAGCGCGCCUUCUCAUCUCCGUCUUCGCCUGAACCCUAACACGGAGCACAAUCCAGAUCGAUACGAUGGCAUCGAAAUGGAGUUUAAUCCCCUCCUUUACAGCUCUCUCGAGCGUUAUUUGCCGUCCACUAUGCUCGGUGCCAAUCGGAGUACCAAGGCUUAUUAUAUGCGCCAGCUUCUCCUGCGUUACGCGCCGGACGGUGAACGCAGUCGUGUCAAAAAGAACAAGGAAUACAAGGACAAAAUUAUGUCCAACUAUCAGCCUAUGCAUCGGGAGCUUUAUCACAUGAAUCCCGCAGCCUUCUUUGUAUCUUCUUUUACCAAGGCCAUCAGUGAGAACACAGAGGAGGCUUUUCGAAGUAUCAUAUCAGAACCGUCUCCAGGGGUUUUAACAUUUGAAAUGCUGCAGCCACGUUUCUGUGAAAUGCUGCUAGAUGAGGUGGAACACUUUGAGCGUUGGGUACGGGAUACAAAAUUCAGAAUUAUGCGACCAAACACAAUGAAUGCAUAUGGUGCUGUUCUUGAUGACUUUGGCCUGGAAACAAUGCUUGACAAGUUGAUGGAAGAUUUUAUACGUCCCAUGUCUAAAAUUUUCUUUCCUGAAGUUGGUGGAGCCACACUCGAUUCACAUCAUGGCUUUGUCGUUGAGUAUGGGACAGAUAGAGAUGCGGAUCUUGGCUUUCAUGUGGAUGACUCUGAAGUAACUCUGAAUGUCUGCUUGGGCGAGCAAUUUUCUGGUGGUGAGCUGUUCUUCCGUGGUGUGCGAUGUGAUAAGCAUGUAAAUGUGGAAAGUAAGCCAGAGGAAAUUUUUGAUUACUCACAUGUCCCUGGGCGUGCUGUUAUUCAUCGUGGUCGUCAUCGCCAUGGUGCUAGAUCAACCACAUCUGGGCACAGAGUAAAUAUGCUUGUAUGGUGCAGAAGCUCUGUCUUUAGAGAGAUGAAGAAGUACGAAAGGCACGCACCAAGUUGGUGCGCUGAGUGCCAAAGAGAAAAGAAAGAAAGGCAGCGUCUAUCAAUUGCUGCCAUCAAUCUGGAACUACAGAAAAGAGUAGGAGGGGCUGCUUCUUGAAAGGCUAGACUGCUUUUUCCGCAUAGGAAAAUAAAAACUUGAUAUAGCAGACUUCGUAUAUGGACAUACCAUUGUCUGGGUUCAAAUCCUCAACACCCCCACCCCCCUUAAAUUCUAAACCUAAAAAAACGUAUGUAAAACUAACAAAAAAGAAGGUUACAUGCAUAUUUUUUGAUUAUUUUAUUAUUAUAUGCCA